AUUUGAUAACUUAUCCAAAGUCAUUCAAACUUGGUUUACCUUGGCUUGCCAGCUUUUAUGCAUUAGACAAACAAGAUUUGUGCGUUUCGAUUCGUAAGUGUUAUGUCAUAAUUUACUAAAGUAAUUUACGCAAUUUUCUCGGAUUGAUGGUGAUAUGACGGAAUACGAGUUUUAUUGUCACUUAAGUUACCUGCAAAAUCCGUAUUUUUCCAAUUGCUUGUGUUUUAGUUGAAUUCUAGUUAUGUUUGUUUUUUGCAUUCAGUAUUAUAUAAACACUAUUUUACUGGAUAAAAACACCUGUUUUAUUGAGCAGCUAAAAUCAACUCGUUGCCAGCUUGCAUCAAUUAAUCGUCCUUGUGAGCAGUUACCACUCCAUAGUAUCAUAUCAUUCCGUUUCAUCUAUCGAUUGGUUUUUUAUUUAUUCAUCUCCGAACUUUCUUCAUUAGGAAUUAUGAGAUUUCUCACCAUAACAAUUACGACGGGAAUAGGAUUACCAUUCUUACUAACUUGCUUAAUAAUCGGAAAAAUUGUGCACCAAUUGUCUGUUUGUAUCGUUAUUUUUCUAACCAAAAAUUCCAUAAAUAAGUUUAUCAUUAUUGUUACUAUAAUUAUGUAUUUGCUUUAAUACAGAUGGAGUUGACUUCCAAAUCUGUUGAUGUUAGAACUUCAUCAGUUGUUAGGUGAGUUUUCUAUCGAGAAAAGUGAUACAUUUUCAUUGUCGUUUACGUCCAGUUCAUUUGUGUAGUAUCUUAUUUUAGUUGCUGUGUAUUUUUUUUUGAACGCAUACAUUUUUUGGAAUGAAAUUUCUGCUUAUAUUCAUAUUAGUGAAUGGGUUAUAUUACAAAAAUUCAUAUCCGUGUUGUCCUAUGCACUAUAUACUAUAAAAAUACGUGUGAACUACCAUAAUGUAUGUAUGGAAACUAUAUGUUGUCUUUUCAGAUUACCAGUAAAAUUAAAGUAGACCUUGGUUUGAAGAUCUCUUUCGUGUAUAAUAAGAUAUUAUGAUUUACUUCAACUGACCAUAAAGUCAACUUUGUAUUAUAUUGUUUUCAUGAUAACUAAUCUGUUUCAAUGGAACUAGGCAUAGCAGAGAUCGAAUUUGUUAUGUAUUAAUUGAAAGCUAUAAGUGCUUUAACUAUCAAGUUAUUACUAUAUCAUGUCUCUUAAAAUGAUAGAAACUGACGUUGAAAAUCAAUCCACUUAAUAAUAAAUCAUCUUUUUACUUAUGUUAAUUUAUUACACAGAUGUGAUAAUUUUAGUCUUAGUGAGUAUUAUUGUAGUAAACGUAAACUCAGGUGAUGGAAACCAACUUAUUGUUUUAUGCAAAAUUAUACAGCGGCUUUGUAAAAUAUGAAAAUUGUACAUUAAAUACAUUAUUUACACAUCUUCCUUCAGUUGUCCUUCACAUUAUGACUCUUCCAAUCAUGUUGUUGUUCCAAUUUCUCUCUAUUUCCCUUCCUGUUUUCUUAUGCUGACAGUGAUUCCAAUUCCAAUUCCUAAUACAUACUACUUGUAUCUGUCAGUAUAGGUUGUGUACACUGCACUAUGUGGCAAUCACGCCAUUAAACGUUACAAUUGGAAAUUAUUCAAAGAUGGAUUCUUAUUAUUGUUUAAAUGAUUUGUGAAGGGUUAGUAUGACCAAUCGUGAAGAAAGUAACAAGUACAUAUUAAGAAAUGUCAGGUCUAUGUAUCCCUUCAACACAUCAUUAAGAUAAAGAAACAUACAUAUUUGUGAUGUUUAUUUAUUUAUUUGAACACAUCGAUAUUGUUACAAGGAGGCACCAAAUACAUAUGAUUUGUGUGAGGGAUGUGAUGCUGCCCGGGUGCCCAAACCGAAGCACGUGGUUAUCUUAGGGGGCCACACCCGGAACCUUCGACCUAAAAGUCUGAUCCACAAGGCAAUGGAGCAUCGUAAGAAGAUGCAAUCUCAUGGUAGCCGGUGACCAACUAUUGGUUCAUACUCCAUUUGUUCCCUCAGGAUACUGGAGCCCAUGUGCACCAUUGGUUUGGAAUCAGCGUUUUCCAACUCCCCUAGGUGGACUCUCCGGGUCCACCACCGGACAUUCGCUUUUCGUCCUCUCAAUUUCCUAAACAACACCUCUGCCACGAGAAGGCAGUGAGUAGGACUUCCGUGGUAAUGGUUGUAUGCACGUGGCCAUGUGAGAGCAUUUCGAGAGAAGAGUAGACUCUUCCCACUCUCGACCAUACCAGGACAUUUGGAGGCAUAUUUGUGAUGAAUUUAACAAGAAUCAUCUAGUAGCCUUGUUAAUUACAAAAUGUGUACAUAAGAAAUUAGAUUAUUUGGUAUGUAGUAAUCAGACCACAUUCAAUAGUUUCCCUUUACAGUUUAGAUUUUCCGAAUUCAGGUAGGCAUUUUUUUUACUCUAUGGAAUAUCCUAUUCUUUGUAUCGUAAAUUUUGUUCUUAAUUUGUGAAAAUACUUCUAAUUUGUUUUAUAGUUAACCAGUUAGUGUAACGUCUUCUUAAUAUCUUUAAUAAAAUAUUUUAAUUGACUUCAUUAUGUAACCAUUCCGUAUAUUUUAUAUUUUAAAUAUUCUAAACAGUUAAUUUCGAUGAAAAUUCAAGUAUACCAAUUGAUGAUAGUUUACGUAGUGAUUUAAUAAGUGUCUAAAAUACCAUACAUAUACAUUCAAUCUAUUGAAUUAUCAAUAAAAUAAAUUGUUAAGUCUUUCUAUUUACUAUAAGCAAAAGUUUUAAACUGACAAUUGAAGCUGUCCUAUUUUUGAUUUGUAUUUGUAUUUUCAGUGAAUUCUACAAGUUAUUGUCUGGACAUUAAUCUUUCUUGUUUCCCUUUACUUUUUUUUCUUGAUUACACUUUUCAUUUAGUUCUAAUUCUACCGUUGUUGUUCAAUCAAAUACUAUGUCUACUAUCAACGACCAAAAUAUAAAAGACAAAGAACAACAAUUGAAAGAUUUGGACGCUGAAGAGCGUCUACUGCUAAUCGAUCGUUCCAUAAAGUCAAGUUUAAUUCAAGGUCAUGAGGAUAUUGCCACAUGUGUUGAUAGGCUUGAGUUUCUUGACAAAAUGACUAUUUCUUUACCAAUAAUGGCUAGAUGUUGGACAGUUGUAGAAACAAUACGAAAAUGCCGUCGAUAUAAACGUUCGUUAGAAGUAAAAAUUGCUGCUCAAAAGGUAUUUAAUAAAUUUCUCCAACUCUAUGCUACUGCUGAUAAAAAUGAGCUGGAUCUUGCCCAUGCUGAGUUGAUUAAACAUCAACAGCGUCAUAUAAAGAAACAUUUUCCUGGCUUUAAUAAAGAUGAUUCUUUGGAAGAAACUGUAUCAAUGUCAGCCAAUUCUAUUCCUCCAUACAUGGGACCUAAAUCUAUGGCUGAUUUAUUCCAACUGACAACGCGUUCCACAAAAAGUGAGAUACCAGAUGUUAAAAAAACUUGUCAUGAAACAGGAAAAAGUACUUCAGAGAUUUUACAAUCUCCCUCUUCUGUUGAUAAAACACCUAAUACAUCUCAACCUUUAGAACGAUUUGAAUUGUCGACUGUUAAUAUGGAUACACUUACCUGUGUUGCAGUUAAGUCUCCUACUCAACAUGUUGUUACCACAGUUUGUGAAUCAAAAUCUCAUUCGUCACUCCAUUCACCUUUAAAAGUAGGUUAUCAAACUGAUGUCUCUGUCCAGGAUAUACCUCUCCCUGAAGAAACCCCCACUCAGUUUAUUUCACCGAAGGAAACAGCCAUGAAUUCAACUGAUGUAAUUGCCAUAGGUAAAGACAUUUGUGAGAUGCCAACUGGAGAGGAUGUUGAAGAAGAAUUCGAACUUCUAGAUGUUUAUGAAGAACCAGAGGAACCAGAUGAUGCUGCUAUAAUCCAACAAUCUGAUUGUAAAUUUCCUAUACUCCAGUUCUCUGAGCCGGAUAACUUUGUUAAAACUAAAAGUAUAUCUCUAUCUGCUACACCUGAACAAGCUGGUUUUGCGGUGACUCCUAUCCCACAUGUCAAUUGUAGUUCAUCAGCGACGUAUAUGGGUGCAUAUCAUUCUCAUCCCGUUAUUACAAAUAAAUCGCUAUAUCCGUAUCCUAUUUUCCCAAAUGUACAGAUACAAAAUCCCUUCAGGAACCAUGGUCAUUUAUUAACCGACUAUUCUUCACCAUCUCAUUCACAUCUUCGCCAAAAUGUUGACGCAACUCCACCUCAGUCGUCCUCACGCGCUUAUAUACCACAUUCUCUUCAUCCUUCAGAAGACCCUCCCCCACCUUAUAGACCAUAUAUUCCGACUCGCUGUGACCCUGAACAAACUCAAGAAUUAGGAAUUUCACCUGAUUCAUCUACAAAACCUCGAAAAGAAUUGUCUCAACCUAGUAAUAUCACAAAUAACGGAGCUAUCCAAGAACUCACUUCAACGACCAAGGCAUCAAAUCUCAAUCCCGGUCGCCUCAAAGUUUGUGGUGGAUCUAAUAACAACAAUACUUCUCGAGAAACUCGAACUCCGCCUCAUCGAGGUCGUAGUCCACACGCCCUUCCACAUCCAUUAGAGCACUAUCAACGUUAUCUUAAUUCUGCUCUUAACUCUGAAGAUGAAACAAGUAAAAAUGAUACGUCUAAACAAUUUACUGACAGACCUCUUGAAACGCAUGACACUUUACCGAAUAAUCAGUCAUCUCUUAAUGCUUCUAAGACUGAUAAUGUUGAAACUCAUAUUUCUCCCGUUAAUGACAAUCUUCAUAAUGAAAUGCCUUUCGUUAGUCCAUCUGCUGAAGAUCUUGAUACUCGUAUUGCACGGUUGUAUGAUUUAGCCAUGCGUAAAAAUAGCAUAACAGUAUCAAAUACUGCUGUAGAUAUAUCUAAUGAAAAUAAAUCACAAAAACCCACUGCCAAUCCAAUUAUUUCUCCCCCACCUCCUCCACCACCACUUCCUACGUCUCAACGCAUACUAUUCACACAUAGACCACAAAAUCCAAUUCAUUCGAAUAUAUCUAAAUGUCUGACUCCUUUAUCGUCUUCACAACAGGAACUGCGACUGUCAUCUCAUAAGAUAAAUGACAACACCAGGAAUCUUGAAAAUAACACAGGACAUCGAGGACCUACCAAUCGCAGCAAUCAAAUUAGUUCUAGCUCUUUACAUGAACAAAUUCAGUAUUUACCAUCUGGUUCUCAUCCUUCUGGCCCUGAUAAUAUUGUGAUUAAUCCUAACAUUUCAUGUGAAAUGUCAUUUAAAGUAUCAGAACAACAAACUAGAAAUAUCCCUAUUUCUGAUUCUACUCUUGGAUUUUCUGGUAAUAGCUUAGAUUCUAUACGUCCCGCAACGCACUCAUAUCCAAGACGACCUUUGAAUAACCAUCCACAAAGUACCCGUCAUUAUCCUGUGAACCCGGCACAUAAUUACCAAACAACACAUCCUCACUUUCAACGUUCUAAUUCAAAUCGUAUGAAGUUGAAUAGUGAUCCAUUGCUCUCUGGUCGCCGUCAUUCAGACAGAGAUGAUGAUCGAGAUAUUUAUUCAAUGCUUGGUGUUUGAAUAAAACAUGAUAUUCUUUUAGUUUUUGCUUUUAGUUUGUUAAAUAAUCCAUUUGUUGAACUUUACCUAUAAAUAAUUAGAUUGGUUCAUUAUAGAAUGAAUAAAAAUUUAUAUUUUAUUCUGGAUGUUCAUGAUAUAACUCUUGAGCGUCUUUCUUCCUCAAUAACGCGUAUAUCUCGUUUCCUUUUAUUUAAAUAUAUAUAUAUAUAUCAGCAAACCAUGUAAAUAUUUUCAUCAUUCUGUUUAUAUUUUGUCACUUCACAUUUUUUUUUUUGGUGAAAAUAACAAUAGAACUUAUCUCAACUUGUACAUUAUUUGAACGAUCAUUAUAAACAAUUCAGAUUAUCAAUGAUAUACGUUGUGUGUAAGUACAUCAACUUUAUUUUAUGUGUCAAAUGGGUUUUCAUUAGCACUUUCUUUUCAAAAGGAAAAGAACAAUAACUUCUAGACUGAUACAAAUACGAUAACCUGUUUUUAUGUGUUCAACUAAUUGAUAUAAGAAUACAUGAUCGCUUUUUU